AAUUAGCGAUUUUCAUGAAGUUCAAUUCCUUUCACGUAAUACUAAUCAGAUCUUUAAAUAGCUGUGUAUGUGACGGAAGAAAUCAGUCAGCAUUUCGGUCUCAAAUCGACAUCAACAACAAGUUUACCAAAAUGAACGGUGUAAUUGUUCUAGCUCUUGUUUUGGCCAGUGCCUUAUCUGUAUAUGGCCAAUUUGGAGGAGGACAUAACGAACACCACCAUUUGGAAGAAUACAUCGACUAUAAGGCACCACCUCACUACCACUGGGACUACGCAGUUCACGACCUCAAACAUCAUGACAUCAAGAGUCAGCAUGAAACUAGAGAUCAUGACCAGACCAAAGGAGUCUACACUCUCUUGCAACCCGAUGGCAGAAAACGUAUUGUCGAAUAUGUUGCCGGUAAACAUGGAGUCGAUUACAAAGUAAGAUACGAAGGCCACAGCGAACAUGGAGGAAUUGGAUCUUACAGUGGUUGAUUCGAUUCAAGACCAGUAAUGUAGAUUUUAUACUAUGUAUAUUGUUACCUUAACUAUGCUGCCCUGAUACCUGUGUUGAAUUUUAAGUUGUUUUGUUAUGUUUAUCUAGUUCUUAAUGCAAUAAAACUUGUUGACUAUCGA